AUGCCCAAGCUCGUCGUCGUCGUAGGCGCAACUGGCAACCAAGGGGGCUCCGUCGCCCGCCGCUUCGUCCAAGACCCCACGUACAGAGUGCGAGGCCUGACGCGCAACCCGUCGUCGACUGCUGCCCUUGAGCUCGCGAAGCUGGGCAUUGAGGUCGUGCAGGCCGACUUGGAGGAUGUCGAGUCGGUGAAGAGGGCGUUUCAGGGCGCGAACAUGAUCUUCUCGGUUACGAACUACUGGGAGCCGUUUUUUCGUCCGGACGCCAGGGCCGCGGCUGAGAGACAGGGGCUGAGUUGUAAGAUGUAUGCGUAUGAGGUGGAGGUGCGGCAGGGGAGGAAUAUUGCUGAUGCUGCGGCGUCGCCUGAAAUCGUCAAAGGACUGGACGAAAUGGGAUUCAUUGCCAGCACGCUCAGCUACGCCAAGAAGUGCAGCGGCGGCAAGUACCAGAACCUGUACCAUUUUGACGCUAAGGCAGAGGUGUUUCCGUUCUACGUCGAGGGGAAAUACCCGGAGCUGAGCAAGAAGAUGAGCUGUGUGCAGACGGGCUAUUUCAUGACGAGCUACCGCUUGGCGCCUGGAGCGUAUUUCUCAAAGCUCCCAAACAACACCUUUCAAAUGUCCUUCCCAACCUCCCCCUCCUCCCCCGUCCCCCACAUCGCCAUCAACAACGACAUGGGCCCAUUCGUCUACGCCGCAUCGCAACUCGGCCCGGGCAAGCACUUCAUGGCCGAAGGUACAACCUGCACCUGGCCCGCCUUCCUCUCGACCUGGAGCCGCGUGACCGGCCGCGCAGCGCACUACCAGCAAGUCAGCAUCGAGCAAUUCGCGGCUAUGAGCGCCGACCGCGCCUUUGGGGAGGAGGCGGGCUUGAUGUUUGAGUAUUCGAGCACACCCGGCUACGACGGCGGCGACAAGACGCUGCUAAAAGCGGCGGAUAUUCGCGCGGCAGGCAUCGCGUGCCCGAUGACUAGUCUCGAGGAAUUCAUGCAGGCGCAGGAUUGGUCGGGGGUGUUAUCGUUGGACCAGCAGUGA